AUGUUGUGGGAAUUGAUAACUAAGCACCCACCAAACCAACAAAUGGAACCAGCGGCUAUUUCCGAACUCGUGGAACUAUGCAUGCAUACAUACUUCAAAUUUGAGGGUGAAGUUUACGAACAACUGAAAGGAACACCAAUGGGAUCACCAAUUUCUGGAUUCAUAGCCGAAGCCGUAAUGCAAAAGUUGGAGAAGGAGGUACUACCAAGGAUCAUACCAAAACUUUGGCUCCGAUACGUUGAUGACACAUUCGUCAUCUUGAAGAAGUCGGAACUGGAAAGAACACAUCAUCACUAA